AUGCACAGCAAGAACUCUAAUAGACGGCGGCUGUUUAGUCAUAAAAUAAAUUAUGCGAGUGAUCCAAAUUGUGUUCUGUGCGACAACUCUGAAGACUAUAAGCAUCUGUUCCGAAAAUGUGCUCUCAAAAAAAACCAGCCUGACAUCAAAGCGCAUCCCGGUUUUUGGAUAAUCCUGCUCCUCUUCAUUUUGACCAACUUCUUUUCUCCUCCGUACCGCCGACUCAGGAUUUACAACACUAAUAAACAUAUUUCUGCUAUGGUUGCCACCAAGUCGGUCAUAUUCACUCGAAAUGGUCGACCUUCUCGCACUGGAGGGAUCGACAACUUGUACAAACGGGAUCAUAAGGCUCCUGAACCCCAUUGUUCCCCUUGUACCCUCUCCACUUACUUUUCCGGCUCGUCUACGAAGAUGGCUACUUUCCCCUUCUUGAUACUUCCCUCUCUGUACCUGGGUCUCGGCACAGCUCUAAAAACUCGAACAACGCUGGUCUCGUCAACAAGAAAACCAAGAGAUAAAGACAUGGAAGGUGUAGAGGAGCACUUUGAUGAAAAUUGUGAAUACGACCUUAUAAACAGUAUUGGCGAAAUAUCUCAUCCCUCAAUAUUUAUGAUAAAAAUUGCAUCUAUGAAUUGCCGUGCAUUGCUUAUAAGAGACCUUAGAUUAUGUGCGAUCGAUUUUUUAUUAGCCCUUCAAGAAACCCAUGCCAAUACUGAUCAUUCGCAGCAAAUGUUUCACAUACAUAAUUCAACGCAAACACUUUCUUGUGGUCUGUACACUGUGGUCUUGUUUCUCUUUUUCCGCGCUCUCCAGAAUAACUUCUUCAUCUCCCAGCCUUAUACAUUCUAUUUGGAGAUCUUGACUAUACUUAUCGUACUACCUCUGCCAACUCUCAACAAGUUCCUCUCAAAUGGCCAAACUCUACUUAACUAUUUUAUGGACUCUAUCCCACCAAAUCAUGUAUUCGAAUUUCCUCGCCUUGCUAUAUGUCUCAAUGUCUUGUCUGAUAAUUGCUUGGUAGCGGCUACUUUUAUGCUCACCGCCACCCACGAAACAGUAAAGGGACCGUGGCGCACCAAUCCUCAACUUGCCCGAAACCCCGCUUUCUGUAAUAAACUCGAAUAUUACAUUCAUACCAUCGUCUUUCUUUCCUCCCCGUGCGGAAUCCAGGCACUUGUUACAUUAGAGGCUAGCCUUCAAACUAGUUACAACAAUUCCAGUUGGAGAGAGUGCAAACCCUUGCCCACAAUGCGGACAAACACCGGCAGGAGAAUAGAGAGAUUCCAGCAGACUACCUUAAGUGUGCAGUUGCCGAAUGACAGUCUCGAAAGAAUACUAACCAUCUUCGCUAUUCUUCUACAGACCACUUGUACACUGAGUCUGAUAGAAUUACCGAGGCGGUCACUGGAUUAUGUAAAGCUCCACGUUCCUCACUGGCAGUCAUAUUUUCCGUUGACAACAUACGAGGAGUGCCUCGGUAUCCAAGAAAAAGCACCCAAAUAUUAUAUAGACUCCCUUAUGAUACUCUUCAGCUUACCAUCUAUGUUCCUACUACCAAAGAAAUACUGUAUUUCGUCUUUGAAGAUUUGGAGACCAAUUACCCAGAUCAACGCUGACACCAAGAUUUUCGCUAGUCUUCUUAACGGCCGCGUGGCCAGAGGUGCUAGAUCAAUUCUAGUUAUGAAUCAUGUCAAUUCCACUGGUCAUUCCGGAAUCGGUCUUCUCUUGUAUCAGGAGAAAGCUUAUGAUCAGCACCACCUCGCCACUUACGCCUCUGCUUCAAAGGCACGUAUCAAACUUCACAAGAGCCGUAUUUUAUCUGUCGGGUUGCCCUCGCAGUCUCUGAAUGAACACAACUUACAGCUUUCAUUUCCUUUAUCACUCAAGGCAGCUUCUUCUGAUCUGGUGAUGCUUUCUCGUGUUUGGCUACCUCAAAGGAUCUUGACUGCACAAUUUGCUGACCUGAUGAUACGCAGUGGCUCUGAAGUUUAUCUUUCUGCACUUUUGUCCUCCCUUAUGCACCUUACAAUAUCUGGCUAA